AUGUGCGAAUUGAGAGAAAGAAUCGCUGCAAAGCAAAGGCUGCUGGAAGAGCCGAUACCCUACGAUUUCUUACGUAGAUAUCUAGGCGGCGACCCCAUACUUAUAACGGCCAGCAUUUCCCUAAAUGGAUUCAAUUAUAAUAUUCGUGCUUUGAUUAACACCGGAGCAAAUGGGUACGUUUUUAUCAACAAACAACUUGCUCGGCGACUGUAUAUAACGUUAAAAACCCCUAAAAUUGUCGGCUUCCACCCCCAAAAGGUUGGAGGCUACGACGGAAAAACCUCGCAACAGAUCGAUACUGUUGCAUUGGCCAUUCUUGUAAUAUAGGGCCGGAGGUUCCGCGAAACGCCGAUACUGGUAUUGGAUAUGCCACAAAAGAUGAUCGUGGGACGACUUUUUUUGGCGGAGCACGGAAUAUUUAUUAAUUGUCGUCACCGACGGCUCCAAUUUCCGGAAAGCCUACCCUCAUUGGCGGUAUAUUAUCGAAAUAUCGACAUAACCCAAUUACCAGAUCCGGGGUCUGUAAACCCCAUACAUCAGUCGGACGCGGAUCAACGCCCUCCGUCGAUACCUCGGAGGGCAAAACUGCUGGCCAGGUCGGGACAGGCCUGGGAGAUCCCCACGCCCCGGGAAGCUUACGCCGAUCCGAAUUUACAGGAGAUGCAACGGGAAUUUUACGAAUUGCCGAGGCCAAAGGUUAAAAUGACAAGCCUGAAUCAUACCCAAAGGAAAGAGACCAAAGAGGCCGAAGGUUCCUCUCGUAUACAAAAGGAUGCCAAAGGAAAAUAUAUAUUGAAGAGAAACGCGGUGGGUUGGUACAAAGACCGACAGACAAAUGUCGCCAUAAUAGGCGCUAUGCAACUUAUGCGUUUGGUGCAGGAGGAUUCAGCCCUUUACUGCACCUCGAUAAACGAAAUCGACGAUGUCCUGCGGCAGAAAAAUACCGAGAGGCUGCUCCCUAAUGACGACGGAAACCUGCGGGCGAUAUUGUUAAAAAAAGUUCCAGAACAUUACCACGACCUGUUAGACGUGUUUAGCAAAGUGGAAUCCGAUCAGGUCCCGCCUUUUCGACCGGGAUCGGACCAUAAUAUACAAUUCGAAGCGAUCGAACCAAUUGGCGCAGCUGGACAACUGCUGUUCGCUGAAAAAAUGCUUAGGGCCAACGAGCAUUCACCAUUGCUAAAACAGUACCGAAUUAAGGCCCGUAACCCCGAAAAGAAACAUUGGACGUUGUUAUACAAUAGAUACGUACUGUACCGAGGGAGAUUGGUGAUCCCAGGCGACGGGGAAUGGCCCGCCAAAGUGAUUCGUGAAGUUCAUGGGACUAUUGCUACGGCCCACCCUGGCCGUAAUAAAACCCGCCGUUUGGUGGCACAGCAGUUUUGGUGGCCAGGCAUGAGCGGGAUGGUGGACCGCUAUAUCGCCAAUUGCUCCUGUCGAUCAGCCAAAGUUCCGAAAAAUAAGACCCCUGGGUUUUUACAACCCUUACCCGUGCCGGAUCGACAAUGGAGCACCAUCGUCGUAAAUUUUAAAUCAAUGCCCAAGUCGAAGUCGGGAAACGAUAACCUGUUUGUAAUAAUCGAUGCGCUGACGAAACGGUCGUGGGCCGUUCCAUACAUAAGGACGGCUACCGCAAAGGAUAUAGCCAUAAUGUACUACGAGGGUCCUUACCGCAUUUAUGGUUUACCCACGAAAGUUGUUUCCGACAGAGGUCCGCAGUUCGUAUCAGAUUUGAUCGACGAAAUGUCCAAAAUCUUGCAGAUUAAGUGGAAACUUUCGACGGCCGGGCAUUCCCAAACAGCAGGGCAAAUAGAGAUUAUGAACGCCUACAUCGACCAAAGGUUGCGCCCUUAUAUUAACCAUUUCCAAGACGAUUGGGACAAACACCCACGUAACCCAUUGGACGGACAAACCGCAGAAAGGCCCGAAGGCGAGGUAAUCGACGCGUCAGAAGAUACCAACGAAAAGGAGUGGGAAAUCGAACGGGUAAUUUCCUCGCGGGUGCUACGAGGUAUGUUUCAGUACCAAAUCCAGUGGAGAGGCUGGGACCCCGACCCGGAGUUCUACGACGCGGAAGGAUUUAAGAACGCGGUUGUGCAAUUGCGACAAUACCAUAACGCCUACCCCGACAAGGCCGGCCCUCCCAUGCGCCUAGAGGCCUGGGAAAAGGCAGCCCUCGAGGAUCGGUUCGACCCGCCCGACGAGUACGACAACGCCCCGGCUACGGGGAACAGCACAGCCCGCAGAUUGCGACGUCGCCGGUGA